CUACUCAGCCUGCCACCUUCUCUUGUUCCUGCCACCCUUUCUGCUCUGGAUUCAGCUAGAAGAUUUUAUGAGUGACUGAAGGGUUUCUAGACUGCUAAUCCAGGGAUAAAGGCAAUCUGUCUUUUUUCAGGGUUAGAUUCUCAGCCCAGCCUACUUCUUAACUGCAUGUGUAAUCUUCAUCCCCCUCCUACCGAUGUUUCCGUGCCGCUUCAUUAAUCUGUAACGAUGACCCACCCUCUUUCCAGACAAGGAGGCAUCUUUUCUCGUUUGGAUUCCUCAGCUCUUUAGACUUCUCAGUCAUUUAGCUAUUCAAAAAAUGACAGAUGAAAUCCGAGGCACAACAAAGUUAUCAUGAAAACCUUUUCCUUGAGAGCCCCAUGUCUGAUUGUUCAUAUUAGCUGUUAUUUGGUGGAAAGAACACUAGAUUUUUAAGAAAAGUUCUGGUUUUGCCACAUGGUAGCUGUGCGACCUUGGGCAAAUCAUUUACCUUCCUCGGGUUCUUAGCGUCCUCACUGGUAGAAUGGGAAUGCUUCACAGGGGUGUUAUGGAGAUGAAACAAUCAGCAGGAGAGCACUUUGUAGAUUGCACUCGGAUGGCAGGGUGAAUGAGCAGGGAUGGUGUCCUGAUUUGUUUUUAAAUUCUUCAAAGGUAAAGGAUUGUUAAGCGUGGAGAUUUGAUUGGUUUGUUUCUGCCAGGUCUCCUGGAAAGCUACAAACUAGAAGAAGUGCAGGAAUCCUUGUGGUAACAAGGGUAUCAGCUUUUUGUCCACAGAGGGUCCUGAGGAAUUCCGACUCCCAUUUUGAAAUUGUUUCGAAUCCAGUCCCAGGUGAAUGUGGCCCUGGGGUGGUGCUUUGAGAAGUGGAAUCACUGCAGGACAGUUUCAACAUUCACUUCCCAGGCAAGCCUAAAGCCUGUUUUAAAGGGGCGUGUGAGGGCCAAACCCAUAACAGUCUGGGACAUUUCAGACCGGCACCACCUCCUCUGGCUGUUUCCGAGGCCAUCUAGAGGCCAGAGCCCAGUCAGAUUAACUGAAAGUAAAGAGAGGACUGCAGGAGUUUGGGACCUUUGUGCAGACGUGCUCAUGCUCGUUAGUGUAGAGGGCGGGAGAGAGGAAAGGAAGGAGGGCAUUGGGAGCUGAGGCCCCACCUUUCAUUUCAGAAAAGUGCACAGGCAGAGCGGGCUGAGUCACAGGCACAGGUGAGGAACUCAACUCAAACUCCUCUCUCUGGGAAAACGCGGUGCUUGCUCCUCCUGGAGUGGCCCUGGCAGGGUGUUGGAGCCCUUGGUCUGCCCGGUCUGGUCUCUGGGGCCAAGGCUGGGUUUCCCUCAUGUAUGGCAAGAGCUCUACUCGUGCGGUGCUUCUUCUUGGCAUACAGCUCACAGCUAUUUGGCCUAUAGCAGCUGUGGAAAUUUAUACCUCCCGGGUGCUGGAGGCUGUUAAUGGGACAGAUGCUCGGUUAAAAUGCACUUUCUCCAGCUUUGCCCCUGUGGGUGAUGCUCUAACAGUGACCUGGAAUUUUCGUCCUCUAGAUGGGGGACCUGAGCAGUUUGUAUUCUACUACCACAUAGAUCCCUUCCAACCCAUGAGUGGGCGGUUUAAGGACCGGGUGUCUUGGGAUGGGAACCCUGAGCGGUAUGAUGCCUCCAUCUUUCUCUGGAAACUGCAGUUCGACGACAAUGGGACAUACACCUGCCAAGUGAAGAACCCACCUGAUGUUGAUGGGGUGAUAGGGGAGAUCCGGCUCAGUGUCGUGCACACUGUACGCUUCUCUGAGAUCCACUUCCUGGCUCUGGCCAUUGGCUCUGCCUGUGCACUGAUGAUCAUAAUAGUAAUUGUAGUGGUCCUCUUCCAGCAUUACCGGAAAAAGCGAUGGGCCGAAAGAGCUCAUAAAGUGGUGGAGAUAAAAUCAAAAGAAGAGGAAAGGCUCAACCAAGAGAAAAAGGUCUCUGUUUAUUUAGAAGACACAGACUAAGAAUUUUAGAUGGAAGCUGAUGAUUUCCAAGAACAAGAACCCUAGUAUUUCUUGAGGUUAAUGGAAACUUUUCUUUGGCUUUUCCAGUUGUGACCCGUUUUCCAACCAGUUCUGCAGCAUAUACCUAGACAAGCAACAUCCCUCUGGAGCCAGCACAGUACUCCUCCAUAUCACCAAUCAUACACAGCCUCAUUAUUAAGGUCUUAUUUAAUUUCAGAGUGUAAAUUUUUUCAAGUGCUCAUUAGGUUUUAUAAACAAGAAGCUACAUUUUUGCCCUUAAGACACUACUUAUAGUGUUAUGACUUGUAUACACAUAUAUUGGUAUCAAAGGGGAUAAAAGCCAAUUUGUCUGUUGUAUUUCCUUUCAUGUAUUUCUUUUAGCAGCAUUUCUGCUACUAAAGUUAAUAUGUUUACUCUCUUUCCUUCCCAUAUUCUCAAUUAAAAGGUGAGCUAAGCCUCCUCGGUGUUUCUGAUUAACAGGAAAUCCUAAAUUCAAACUGUUAAAUGACAUUUUUAUUUUUAUGUCUCUCCCUAACUAUGAAACACAUCUUGUUUUAUUGAAUUUCUUUCAAUAUUCCAGGUGAUAAAUUUUUGUUGUUUUGUUAAUUAGUCCAAGAUUUACAAUAGCACAACGCUAAAUCACACAGUAACUACAAAAGGUUACAUAGAUAUGAAAAGAUUGGCAGAUGCCAUUGCAGGAUGAAUCACUUGUCACUUUUCUUCUGUGCUGGGAAAAGUAAUCAACAAUGUGGGUCUUUCAUGAGCAGUGACAGACUGUUUAGUUUACUAUGUUUCCCCCUCAAUUCAAUGAUCUAUAACAACAGAGCAAAGUCUAUGCUCAUUUGCAGACUGGAAUCAUUAAGCAGUUUAAUAAAAAGAUUGUGAAACAGUACAUUCCAAGUUUGAAAAUUCAGGACUGGUGAAAAAAAUCAACCCUAAAUGAUGAUAAUUUUGUACAGUCUCAUAUAAAACUCUGAGAACUAGAAGAAAUUAUUAACUUUUUUCUUUUUCUUUUUUUUUUUUUUUAAUUCUAAUUCACUUGUUUAUUUUGGGGGAGGAAGACUUUGGUAUGGAGCAAAGAAAUACCAAAACUACUUUAAAUGGAAUAAAACCAACUUUAUUCUUUCUUUCCCCUGUACUGGUAGAUAAAGCAAACUUUAUAAGUGGGCUAUUGAAAGAAAAGUGCCUUUUAAGUGUUUAGUUUCCCAGUGUCUUUCCAAGCUUAAGAUACAGAAGCAUUUGUUCAAAGGAUAGAAAACACCUAAAAGUUUAGGCUCAAGAUCAAUCUUUACAGAUUGAUAUUUUCAGUUUUUAAUCGACUGGACUGCAGAUGUUAUUUCUUUUAACAAACUGGAAUUUUCAAACAGAUUAUCUGUAUUUAAAUGUAUAGACCUUGAUAUUUUUCCAAUACUAUUUUUUAAAAAAUUGUAUGACUUACAUAUGAACCUCAAUUCUCAAAUUUAUUACAUAUCUGUCUCAUUCUGCCUUUUAUACUGUCUAAAAAAGCGAAGUUUUAAAAUGCAAUUUUAAAACUGUAAAUUACAUCUGAAGGCUAUAUAUCCUUUAAUCACAUUUUAUAUGUUUUCUUCACAAUUCUAACCUUUGAAAAUAUUAUAACUGGAUAUUUCUUCAAACAGAUGUCCUGGAUGAUGGUCCAUAAGAAUAAUGAAGAAGUAGUUAAAAAUGUAUGGACAGUUUUUCCAGCAAAAUUUGUAGCUUAUGUCUUGGCUAAAUAGUCAAGGGGUAAUAUGGGCCUGUUGUUUAGUGUCUCCUUCCUAAAGAGCAAUUUUGUAUUGUAAUUUAUUUUUUAUUAUGCCUUAAAUACUAUGUAAAUAAACCUUUAGUAAUAAAGAAUUAUCAAUUAUAUAAUUUGUGUAUAUACAUAUCUAGAAGUUCUACACUGCAGGGAAAACAGAUGGAUAUAUAUUUGAUCUUUACCAAAAAGUUUUCUUAGUAGAGACAACCUGCAAGUCAAUAAUGGAUACAGUUAGUUUCUACUGGGUAAACAGAAGUAUACGGAUUUCCACAGAAUUUUCACAUUGUUUUGGAUAGGUGGGAAUAGGGCAUAACAGCACUACUUAGUUUGAGGGCUCUUUCAAAGAAAAGUAUCAAAGAUUCUAUUUAGUACUUUGCAUUACACUUUUAAUAGGGAAAACUACUGGCUUUCAAGUCUAGUAAAGGAAUGGAAAUUGAAAAAUGGGAACUUAUUAAUUCUUCCCCAAAGUGAAAGCAUACUUUUAUUCUCCUCCUGCUUUCAUUAACAUGUGGCAAUUUCCAGGGAAGAGGCUUACUCAUUAUUAAAGCAGCGUACUUGCUGUACCAUCUCUUUUUCAGAAGUAUGUGACGCCAUCUCACUUCAAGUACCGUGAUAACAUAACUUUCUUACUUUUCCAACCAAAGACACACAAAUCCCAGUUCCCCUUUUCCUCUAAUACAGGCUGUAAUGAUUUGAUCAUCAUUGCCACUGCCAAAAGUAAUUUAAUAAACACCCAAUUUUGGAUGCUGUAAUACCUAGACUAAAAAGGACACCAACCAAUGAGGCUUGGGCACAUAUUACUACAAGCACCUAAUAUAUAUUUACCUAUACUGUAUGAUCUCCCAGGUGUUUCUGAACUCUAAAUUUACGGGAGUGUAUUCUGAGAACCUUCAACUAAAUCUCGAGACGUAAAAACGAUGUCUGACAUGCAGUCAGAGCAUCAAAAUUAUUUAGUUCUGCAGAAUUCCAUAAAAACAAAAUUGUAAUUAUUCCAAGUCUGUAGCCUACUUCAUUUUCAAGCAAGAGAGCAAUUAGCUCCCGCCUGAAAGUUAAUAAAUCUCUGGUCAGUGAAACCAGGUGUGGUUCUGGAAAGAAGCCAGGUUCCUAUGGUAACUUCGGGUCGCCAUUUAAGUUGUCUCUCGGCCUCC